GAACCAUCACGCCCGUCGUCAUACUUCGGGACAGGAAGUAGAGUACGCCAUUUUCAACAUAUCAAAUCUUAGUUGUUUCGUCCCGAAAGUUAUCAACUAUUGUAGAGUUCAUGUACCCCGUUGGGCAGCCACCUGGUCCUCCUGGCCCCCCCGGCCCACCUGCUGGCCCGGGGGGACCUCCAGGACCAGCUGGCCCCCCAGUGCCCCGCCCCUUGACGCUACCUCCAGGACCUACCCCUGCUCCUGGACCAAUUACCACAAUUGUUCCGCAAGCUCCAGGUACUCCAGCUGUUGCCACUGGAACUGGCAUCAGUGCAUUGCUACCUCCUGAACUGCCAACUUUUGUGGCACCCAGGAGACCCAAUCUUGGCCGUGAAGGGCGCCCUAUUACACUAAGGGCAAAUCAUUUUCAGAUAUCUAUGCCCAGAGGUUACAUACAUCAUUAUGAUGUAAGCAUACAACCAGACAAGUGUCCCCGGAAAGUUAACCGAGAGAUUAUUGAAACAAUGGUUCAUGCAUUCCCAAGAAUAUUUGGCAGCUUGAAGCCUGUCUUUGAUGGGAGAAGCAAUCUUUAUACCAGGGAUCCAUUGCCUAUUGGAAAUGAGAAGAUGGAACUGGAAGUUACCCUACCAGGAGAAGGUCGUGAUAGAGUCUUCAAAGUUGGUAUCAAGUGGUUAGCCCAGGUUAACCUAUAUACCUUAGAGGAGGCUCUAGAAGGACGAACUAGAACCAUUCCAUAUGAUUCCAUUCAGGCGUUAGAUGUAGUAAUGAGACACUUGCCCUCCAUGACAUACACACCUGUUGGCAGAUCAUUUUUCUCCGCCCCUGAUGGGUAUUACCACCCAUUGGGUGGUGGCAGAGAAGUAUGGUUUGGUUUUCAUCAGAGUGUACGCCCAUCACAAUGGAAGAUGAUGCUCAAUAUAGAUGUUUCUGCAACUGCUUUUUAUAAAGCCCAAGCUGUUAUUGAAUUUAUGUGUGAGGUUUUAGAUAUUAGAGAGAUUGGUGAACAACGCAAACCCCUUACCGACUCCCAACGAGUAAAGUUCACAAAAGAAAUUAAAGGUCUCAAGAUUGAAAUUACUCAUUGUGGUGCUAUGAGACGAAAGUAUCGUGUAUGUAAUGUUACAAGAAGGCCAGCGCAGAUGCAGUCGUUCCCCUUACAGCUUGAAAAUGGUCAAACUGUAGAGUGUACGGUAGCUAAGUACUUCCUUGACAAGUACAAAAUGAAACUACGGUUUCCUCAUCUGCCUUGCCUUCAGGUGGGCCAAGAACACAAACACACAUACCUUCCAUUAGAGGUGUGUAAUAUUGUCCCUGGCCAACGGUGUAUAAAGAAAUUGACUGACAUGCAAACAUCUACCAUGAUCAAAGCCACAGCCAGAUCUGCUCCGGACAGAGAGCGUGAAAUCAAUAAUUUGGUUCGCAAAGCAGAUUUUAAUAAUGACCCUUAUAUGCAAGAAUUUGGGCUAACAAUAAGUACUGCAAUGAUGGAAGUUAGAGGUCGAGUUUUGCCACCACCCAAACUGCAGUAUGGUGGCAGAACAAAACAGCAGGCAUUGCCUAACCAGGGUGUAUGGGACAUGAGAGGAAAACAGUUCUUUACUGGUGUAGAAGUUCGUGUUUGGGCAGUAGCCUGCUUUGCCCCUCAGCGAACUGUAAGGGAAGAUGCAUUGCGCAAUUUUACCCAACAAUUACAGAAGAUUAGCAAUGAUGCUGGAAUGCCCAUCAUUGGUCAGCCUUGCUUUUGUAAAUAUGCCAAUGGUCCAGACCAGGUUGAGCCAAUGUUCCGUUAUCUCAAAAGUACAUUUACAGGGUUGCAGCUUGUUUGUGUGGUGUUGCCAGGGAAGACUCCUGUAUAUGCUGAAGUAAAACGAGUUGGGGAUACAGUUCUUGGAAUGGCCACGCAGUGUGUACAGGCCAAAAACGUUAAUAAAACCUCACCGCAGACGUUGAGUAACCUGUGCCUGAAGAUUAAUGUUAAAUUAGGUGGCAUCAACUCUAUCUUGGUACCUGGUAUUAGGCCCAAAGUAUUUAAUGAACCAGUCAUUUUCCUGGGAGCUGAUGUCACUCAUCCUCCAGCGGGGGAUAAUAAGAAACCGUCAAUUGCUGCUGUAGUAGGUUCAAUGGAUGCUCAUCCGUCCCGUUAUGCUGCUACUGUACGUGUCCAACAACAUAGGCAGGAAGUUAUCCAAGAAUUAUCAUCAAUGGUUAAAGAGCUCCUUAUACAGUUCUACAAGUCUACCCGAUUCAAACCUAACCGAAUCAUCCUUUACCGUGAUGGUGUUAGCGAAGGCCAGUUCCAAACAGUGUUGCAGCAUGAGCUAACAGCCAUGAGAGAAGCUUGCAUCAAAUUGGAAGCUGAUUAUAAGCCAGGAAUUACUUACAUAGCCGUUCAAAAGCGCCAUCACACUAGGUUAUUCUGCUCUGACAAAAAAGAACAGAGUGGGAAAAGUGGAAAUAUUCCUGCUGGUACGACGGUGGAUGUUGGUAUUACACACCCAACUGAAUUUGACUUCUACCUCUGUUCUCAUCAGGGCAUCCAAGGAACAAGUCGACCUAGUCAUUACCAUGUUUUGUGGGAUGACAAUCAUUUUGAUAGUGAUGAACUGCAAUGUCUUACAUACCAGCUGUGCCACACAUAUGUGAGAUGUACGAGGUCUGUUUCUAUCCCAGCUCCAGCAUACUAUGCUCACUUGGUAGCAUUUAGAGCUCGCUAUCAUCUUGUGGAGAAAGAGCAUGACAGUGGCGAGGGAUCUCAUCAGUCUGGCAACAGUGAGGAUCGCACUCCAUCAGCAAUGGCACGAGCUGUCACAGUGCACGUUGAUACAAACCGUGUAAUGUACUUUGCUUAAAAGACUAAAUGCUAUUAUACUAGAAAACAGGAGUUCAGGCUCUUCUACAAAUACUGUAUACUCGUCGAUGGUAUUUAUAUUUUGAAUGGUUUGUUGGUUUGUAAAGAAAAUUUUACGGCACAGAGUUGGAAUAUGAGUGCGCGUUGCUUGUGGUAAUUGUUGUCGGUCGGUUCUUAGCCUGCAAAAGGUGUUUUUUCUUCCAUUAAUAAGUACCUUUGUAAGCUGAACUUGUGGCCAUGGAAUGUAAUAGUUACUUGUGUUAAAUGGUGGUAGGAAUUAGUUGAAUGGAUUCUGAGGACCACCAGUUAUAUCAAGGAUGCUUAAAAACAGAAGUGCAACAUAAUGACUCUUCUCAUGUGUUGAUUUGCACACUAGAAACGGAAAGCAAAUACAGAACAUAUGCCAUAGUCUAAGGUUUUAUCUUAGGAGUGCUUACUGAAGCAUACAUUUUUGUAAAGGUUCUUGAUUCAAGGUUUACAUAAUCAUAUGCUUCUCCACGCAAUGAACUAAAGUGAAACGUGAGUGGAAUAUUUACAGAAAAUGUAUUACCUAAGAAACUGUUUUAUAACAUGGUUCAUAGCUGUUAUCAGCAAUACUACACAAAUGGAAUCUUCUGAUUGUCAGAAGCUCUGUUAACCAGGGAGAUGGAUCUUCUCUCUGAUAAAUGGUGAAUACAGCCGGGAAAUCCAUUGCCACAAUGACAUGGGUUUUAUUGUAUUGUACAGUUAUAUUAAGGGCACGUGUAGUCUCAUUUUUUUUACUGCCAUUUUUAUUUGUGGUGGGCCUCCAGCCCAUAACACUUACUAGUACCUUUUGUUGAGGUGGUGAAAGUGCUCCAGUUAGGUCCAGUGGGAUAAGUUAUUUCUUGUAGUUUUGAAAAUAUUUUAAUUACAGUUCAUAAAAUUGUAAGUUAUAUCUGCGUAAAUAUAUGUGCCAUUAAUUAAUUAUGUAAUAAUACAAAGCAUUCCUUAUCCUCUCCCAUCCUGUUGACUCUUUCCAUCUCCCACGGGGCCUUAAGUGGAUUGCACCCCUCCUUUACCAGUUGCACGUGUAUAAUACUAGUCUUUGACAGGAGAUUUUGAAUCUCGCUUGAAUGUAGAGAAAAAAGAAUCCUAUAAAUUUUUAAAUACCUCUAUUAGAUGAGAUGAAAAGAUUUGAUUGUUUUUUCCCUUGUCAAGAGAAGUUCAAGUUCACUGGUCUUGAACACUUUUUAUGCUUUUUUUCUUCUUUGCUGGUGAGUUUGCAUAUGCACUCACAUUAAUUU